AUGGGUCUCGUGGCUGCUCUCCUUGUCAUAGCAACUAUGGCUGCUGCUGACACUAUCGCCAACCGCGAGCGGCUUGGGGCGAUAUCUAAGGCCGCCGAGGCCACAACAACGCCGCAGAACUGGACCUCCAACGUGAGGGGUACUGCUUUUGACCGCUUCUACCAAAUCUGGCUGGAGAAUGCUGAUUACAGCGGGGCUGCGAGUGACACCAAUCAGCAGUGGCUAGCUAGCCAGGGUAUCACCCUCACCAAUUUCUUCGCAGUCGGCCACACCUCCGAGCCCAAUUACUGCGCUGCGGCCAGUGGCGACAAUUAUGGCAUGAACAACGAUAAUUUCCACCAGAUUCCGACCAAUGUGUCGACUAUAGCAGAUUUGCUGAAUACCAAGGGAAUCUCGUGGGCUGAGUACCAGCAGGACCUACCCUACCCGGGCUUCCAGGGCAACGACUAUCCCAACCAGCAGACCCAUGCCAACGACUACGUCCGCAAGCACAACCCUCUGGUGCUCUUCAACAGCAUCUCUAACAAUGACACAGCGCUGCGCCUGAUCAAAAAUUUUACUAAUUUCUACGACGACUUGCGCAACAAGCAGCUGCCGCAAUGGGCCUUCUUUACUCCCAACAUGACAAAUGAUGCGCACGAUACUAACAUCACCUUUGGCUCCCAGUGGCUGCGCGACUUUGUAUCCGAGCUCAUGAACAACACCUAUUUCUGGGACAACACCUUACUGCUGCUAACAUUUGACGAAUCCGAAAACUACGCCAACAACAAUCGCAUCUUCAGCAUCUUGUUAGGUGGCGCUGUCCCGAAGAAACUGGCGGGCACGAAGGAUCACACCUUCUACACCCACUAUUCGGGCAUUGCGUCCGUCUCGGCCAACUGGGGCCUGCCAUCCCUCGGCCGCUGGGACUGCGGUGCUAAUAUCUUCCAGCUAGUCGCCGAGAAGGCCGGCUACACCAACUGGAAUGUCGAUACCACCAACCUGUCCCUCAAUCAGUCCCUGCCCGGCCCGCUGGCGCUCGGGGCCCGCUCCAGGUACCGUUCGACCUGGCCGGUGCCCUCCACCAACGACUCGUGCUCCGCCGGCCAUGGUAUCCUCCAGGGUGUCGUUGACACCUACACGGGCCGUGCUCCAACAUAUAACUACACUGCGCCCUUCCCGUACGAUGCCUCCCACGGUCUUGACGUUGGUGUGGCUUAUUUCCGCAACGGCUCUACCUACUUGUCGGGUGUCAACAGUACCGGCCUAAGUACCGCCGAACGGUCUUCCAGUAUCUCGAGCUCUGGCUCCAGCUCGGCCUCAGCCUCUUCCAGCAAGAGUGCUGCCGCGAACGUCACCGUCCCCGCUGUCAAUGGCUUCCUGGCUGUCGUGCUCUGGCUGGCCUGCUGGGUCUGGUGUACAUACUUGCUGGAUGUAUAA